CAAAUUCACUGUUAUUUUUUUGACAACAGGUUAAUUGCUCAAAACCGACGUGGUAUACUGUCCAUCAACUAUGGGUCUUUUCCAGUGCUUCAGAGAAAUGUUCAGCUCCUCAACUCGAAGAAAACCUGUGCAGAGGGACGCAAUCCCAACACCUCUACAUCGAUGCCUUGGUGUAGUCGACCUGACUUUACUUGGUGUCGGAAGUAUGAUAGGAUCUGGUAGUUUUCUUUUACCGGGACAAGUUUCUGGAGUAGUGGCGGGUCCGGCUGCUCUAUUGGUUUUCUUCCUCUCGGGUAUGUUGGCUUCACUGUCUGGCCUGUGUUACAUAGAGUGUGCCUUACAGCUACCUGGAACGGGAGCGUCUUACCUGUACGCCUAUGCGACACUUGGAGAGAUGAUAGCGUUCUUAACUGGGUGGAGUAGUGUGGCAGCACGAAUCGUUGCGCUUGCUUCCAUAGGACAGGUAUGGAGCGCCUAUUUAGACGAUGCUUUAGGCGGCUCCAUUGGAAAUGCUACCGUCCAGUUUGUCCUUGGAGGUCAGGAAUGGAAUGCACCUCUUCUUGGUACCCAUCCCGAUUUUAUCGCUGGAUUGCUGAUCCUUGUGUCUGGUGGUAUUAUUUCUUUAGGUACCAAUGUAUUCUCCAAAGCUAACAAUUUAUUCAUGAUAACCACUUUACUGACUCUGAUGUUGGUUUUCAUUGUGGCCAUGAUUCAUGCAGAUUUCUCCCUCGUAACAGAGCAUGGGUUUGCACCAAGGGGAGUUGGAUUUGAUGAGAUUGUAGGAAGUGCAAUCAUUGCUUACGCAGGUUAUGCUGGGAUCGAAUCUAUCGCCCUAGCAGCUGAGGAAGCAAAAGACCAAUCCAAGGAUCUCUUGAUAGGACUUCUGUCUGCUCUUGGAAUCAGUAUCUUAGUCUACAUGACUGGAGUCCUCUCAGUCACUGUAUUAACAGAAUACAGUAACAUCGAUCUUAAAACCCCGUUUGAGGCAGCGUUUAAUGAUCUUGAUGGUCUACGUUGGAUGAAGUACAUCGUAGCAGACCAACGAGAGAACUAA